GGGCCCCGCGCGGCCUCGGGUGCCCAUGGGGGGCGGGGGGCCGGGCCGGUGACGCCGGACGCCCAUGGACGCCCCUGAGGAGCCGCAGCCGCCGGUGGUCUACACCAUGGAGAACAAGCCCAUCGUCACCUGUGCUGGAGAUCAGAAUUUGUUUACCUCUAUUUAUCCGACACUUUCCCAGCAGCUUCCACGAGAACCAAUGGAAUGGAGAAGGUCCUAUGGCCGAGCUCCAAAGAUGAUUCACCUGGAAUCCAACUUUGUUCAGUUCAAGGAGGAGCUGCUGCCCAAAGAAGGGAACAAAGCCCUGCUCACCUUCCCCUUCCUCCACAUCUACUGGACGGAGUGCUGUGAUACUGAAGUGUACAAAGCUACGGUAAAAGAUGACCUCACCAAGUGGCAGAAUGUUCUGAAAGCUCAUAGCUCUGUGGACUGGUUGAUAGUGGUAGUUGAAAAUGAUGCCAAGAAAAAAAACAAAACCAACAUCCUUCCCCGAACUUCCAUUGUGGACAAAAUAAGAAAUGACUUUUGUAAUAAACAGAGUGACAGGUGUGUUGUGCUCUCCGACCCUUUGAAGGACUCUUCUCGAACUCAGGAAUCCUGGAAUGCCUUCCUGACCAAACUCAGGACGUUGCUGCUCAUGUCUUUUACCAAAAACCUUGGCAAGUUUGAGGAUGACAUGCGGACCUUGAGGGAAAAGAGAACAGAGCCAGGCUGGAGCUUCUGUGAAUACUUCAUGGUUCAGGAGGAGCUUGCCUUUGUCUUUGAGAUGCUGCAGCAGUUUGAAGAUGCCCUGGUACAGUACGAUGAGCUGGAUGCCCUGUUCUCGCAGUAUGUGGUCAACUUUGGGGCCGGGGAUGGUGCCAACUGGCUGACUUUUUUCUGCCAGCCGGUGAAGAGCUGGAACGGACUGGUGCUCCGCAAGCCCAUAGACAUGGAGAAGCGGGAGUUGAUACAGAGGCAAGAAGCCACACUGCUGGACCUGCGAAGCUACCUGUUCUCCCGCCAGUGCACCUUGCUCCUCUUCCUGCAGCGGCCCUGGGAGGUGGCUCAGCGUGCCCUGGAGCUGCUGCACAGCUGUGUGCAGGAGCUGAAGCUCUUAGAAGUCUCUGUCCCUCCCGGUGCUCUGGAUUGCUGGGUAUUUCUGAGCUGUCUGGAGGUGUUGCAGAGGAUAGAAGGUUGCUGUGACCGGGCACAGAUAGACUCCAACAUUGCUCACAUGGUGGGAUUGUGGAGCUAUGCAAUGGAAAAGCUAAAGUCCUUAGGGUACCUAUGUGGACUUGUGUCAGAAAAAGGACCCAACUCAGAAGAUCUCAACAGGACAGUUGAUCUUUUGGCGGGCUUAGGAGCUGAGAGACCUGAAACAGCCAACACAGCUCAGAGUCCUUACAAGAAACUCCAGGAAGCACUGUCAUCAGUAGAAGCUUUUGAAAAGCACUACUUGGACUUGUCCCAUGCCACCAUUGAGAUGUAUACAAGUAUUGGGAGGAUUCGAUCUGCUAAGCUCGUUGGAAAAGAUUUGGCAGAAUUUUACAUGAGGAAAAGGUCGCCACAGAAGGCAGAGAUGUAUCUUCAGGGAGCUUUGAAAAAUUAUCUGGCUGAGGGCUGGGCCCUGCCUGUCACACACACCAGGAAGCAGCUAGCCGAGUGCCAAAAACAUCUUGGGCAAAUGGAAAACUACUUGCAGACCAGCAGCCUUCUAGCCAGCGACCAUCAUCUGACAGAGGAGGAGCGGAAGUACUUCUGCCAGGAGAUCCUCAGCUAUGCCAGCCAGCAAGAAGACAACCCAGGUCACAAGGUGGUGCUACCCAUGCACUCCUUUGCACGGCUAAAGGAUCUCCAUUUUGACCCUCCCAACGCCGUGGUCCAUGCUGGUGGUGUCCUGACUGUGGAGAUAACAGUAUGCAGCCAGAUGCCUGUCCCUGUCCACGUGGACCAGAUUGCUGUCAACGUCCACUUUAGUAUUGAAAAAAACAACUACCGGAAGACAGCUGAGUGGCUGACCAAGCACAAGACUUCCAAUGGAAUCAUCACCUUCCCAGCCGAGGCCUCCCUGUUUCCUGCAUCUCAGAACAGCCUGCCUGCCCUGGAGUUGUCGGAGAUGUUGGAGAGAAGCCCCUCUGAUAAUUCUUUGAACACCACAGGCAUUAUUUGUAGGAAUGUCCACAUGCUCCUAAGGAGGCAGGAGAGUGGCUCCUCUCUAGAGACACCCUCAGGAUUGGCCCUGGAGGAUGGGGCCCAUGUGCUGAGGUGCAACAGUGUGACUCUGCAACCAGGAGCCAACAAGAUAGCAUUCAGGACCCAGGCCAAGGAACCUGGAACAUACACGCUGCGACAGCUACGGGCCUCGGUGGGCCCUGUGUGGUUUGUCCUCGCACACAUCCACCCCAUUGUACAGUACGAUGUAUACUCUCAGGAGCCUCAGCUGCAUGUGGAACCACUGGCUGAUAGCCUUUUGGCGGGCAUUCCUCAGAAAGUCAAGUUUACUGUCACUACCGGCCAUUAUACAGUAAAAAAUGGUGACAGCCUCCAGCUCAGCAAUGUUGAAGCCAUGCUCAUCUUGUGUCAGGGGGAGAACAGAGCCGUGGUCUACUCUAACUCAAGAGAAGAGUGCUCCACUGCCUUACUCCGGAUCCAGUCCUCUGACAAGGUUACAAGCAUCGGUCUUCCCACUGCACCUGCAUACCACGUGAUCGAGUUUGAGCUGGAGGUUCUGUCUUUACCUUCAGCUCCAGCAGCUGGUGGGGAUACCAGUAUUCUGGGGACACCAGAGCCCCACAGGAAGCAGAAAGACACUCAGAGAACUGACCAUUGCAUGGUCACCACAGAUCACAAGGUGUCCAUUGAUUGCCCGUGGUCUAUCUACUCCACUGUCAUUGCACUGACAUUCAGUGUGCCCUUCAGGACCACGCACUCUCUGCUCUCUGCUGGAACUCGGAAAUACGUGCAAGUCCGUGUCCAGAACCUGUCAGAACUGGACUUUGAGCUGUCCGAUGGUCGUCUGGAAGACAUGGGUCAUGCUGCUGACCUGAGGCUGGAACCCCUGAACACACAGUCUCAGCAGCUUAUCCACAGCAAGCAGUCCGUGUUCUUUGUCUGGGAGUUGACGUGGACGCAGGAGCCUCCCCCUCCUCUGCACUGCCAGUUCUCUGUGGGGUUUUCCCCAGCUUCUGAAGAGCGGCUGACUGUCCCCUUGAAGCCCUACACUUACGAAUUUCACGUGGAGAACUUUUUUACACUGUACAAUGUGAGAGCUGAGAUCCUCCCUGCUUCAGGGGCUGAGUACUGUAGGACAGGCUCGCUCUGCUCCUUGGAGGUGUCUAUCACACGGCUCGCCGACCUCCUGGAUGUGGACAAGGAUGAAGCCCUCGUGGAGUCUGAGGAAUAUUUUUCCACAAAGCUUAUGUACGAAGUUGUGGACAACAGCAGCAACUGGGCUGUGUGUGGGAAGAGCUGUGGUGUCAUCUCCAUGCCUGUGGCUGCCCAGGCCACUCACAGAGUCCAUAUGGAAGUGAUGCCUCUGUUUGCUGGUUACCUCCCCUUGCCUGAUGUCCGACUGUUUAAGUACCUCCCCCAUCACUCUGCUCACGCCUCUCAACUGGAUGCUGACAGCUGGAUAGAAAAUGACAGCCUGUCAGUGGACAAGCACCUAGAUGACCAGCUGGACUGCAGCAGCAUGCGGAGUAGAGGCAGCACACACUCAGCUUCCAGCAGCGAGCACAAAGGCUUGCCCAUGCCCCGGCUCCAGGCACUGCCCGCUGGCCAGGUCUUCAACUCCAGCACUGGCAUGCAGAUCCUGGUCAUUCCCAGUCAAGACGACCAUGUCCUGGAAGUCAGUGUUACCUGACGAUGCCAUGGGCCAGCAAAGUCAAGAGUGGCCGUGAGUGCACUUUAGGGAAUGUGGCUGAAUUGUGGUCUGUGGUAACACACUAGUUCUAACCAGACUUUGGCAGUCCUGCCUAGCUACAGACACAGCAGAGAACAGUGUCCUUCAGCUGCUCAGUGGAGUAGAGAAUCACCUCAUGUUGUCUAUGACACAGGAUUCGUUUUCAUUUU